GUAACCUACGUUCGGCUUUCGUUUGAGCUGAAGGGUCCUACAUGUGCAUGGUUUGGGAACUGGAGAAAAGCAUUGUGAAUAGUUCAAAUAAGUAGGAAAAUAACGUAGCAAAUUUGAAACUGCUGUACGUUUUUACAUACUGUCCCUUUCACAAUGGAGACGGAUCUUUAUGACGAGUUUGGAAACUACAUUGGCCCGGAACUAGAUUCUGAUGAGGAUGAUGACCUGGAGGCAGAUGACAGAGAUGUUGAUGAGGCUGAUGAGGAUGACGAGGAUGAGCCUGCUGACGCUGAUGAAGAGGUCCCAGGGAUGGAGGUGGUUCUGCAUGAGGAUAAGAAGUACUAUCCAACAGCAGAAGAAGUGUAUGGGCCGGAGGUGGAGACUAUAGUCCAGGAAGAGGACACACAGCCCCUCACAGAGCCCAUUAUCAAGCCUGUAAGAAACAAGCAGUUCACCCUGAUGGAACAGGAGCUCCCAUCCACCGUCUAUGAAAUGGAGUUCCUGGCUGACCUGAUGGACAGUCCCGAGCUCAUCCGUAACGUCACCCUGUGUGGUCACCUGCAUCACGGCAAGACAUGUUUUGUGGACUGCCUGAUUGAACAGACGCACCCAGAGAUCAGGAAGAGGGAUGACAUGGAUCUGCGCUACACAGACAUCCUCUUCACAGAGCAAGAGAGGGGGGUCGGCAUCAAGAGCACCCCUGUCACAAUGGUUCUUCCUGAUUCCAGAGGCAAAUCCUUUCUCUUCAACAUCAUGGACACACCAGGACAUGUCAAUUUUUCGGAUGAGGUGACAUCCGGCAUUAGACUCUCCGACGGCAUCGUGCUUUUCAUCGACGCUGCUGAAGGAGUGAUGUUGAACACAGAGCGUCUGAUCAAGCAUGCUGUCCAGGAGCGCCUGGCCAUCACCAUCUGUAUCAACAAGGUGGACCGCCUCAUCGUGGAGCUCAAGCUGCCUCCCACAGACGCCUACUACAAGCUACGUCACAUAGUGGAUGAGGUCAACGCCAUGCUCAGCACCUACUCUACAGAUGAAACCGUGGUGGUGUCUCCUCUGCUGGGGAACGUGUGUUUCGCCAGCUCCCAGUACUGUGUCUGCUUCACUCUGGGCUCCUUUGCGAAGAUCUACUCCGACACCUACGGUGACAUCAACUACACAGAGUUUGCCAAGAGGCUGUGGGGUGACAUUUACUUCAACCCCAAAACGCGCAAGUUCACAAAAAAAGCCCCCACCAGUAACUCCCAGCGGAGCUUUGUGGAGUUUGUUCUGGAGCCUCUUUACAAGAUCCUGUCCCAGGUGGUGGGCGACUGCGACACGUCUCUCCCUCGGGUGCUGGACGAGCUUGGGAUCCACCUUGUCAAAGAGGAGCUGAAGCUCAACAUCAGGCCCCUGCUCAGGCUGGUUUGCAAACGCUUCUUCGGAGAGUUCACCGGCUUUGUAGACAUGUGUGUGCAGCACAUUCCUUCGCCUCAAGGGGGCGCCAAAGUCAAGAUGGAGCACAGCUACACUGGAGGACUGGACUCUGACCUGGGGGAGGCCAUGGCAGAAUGUGACCCGGACGGGCCUCUCAUGUGCCACACCACCAAGAUGUACAGCACGGAGGACGGGGUCCAGUUCCACGCGUUUGGCAGGGUGCUGAGUGGGACCAUUCAGGCCGGCCAGCCCGUCAAGGUGCUGGGGGAGAACUACACCCUGGAGGACGAGGAGGACUCCCAGGUCUGCACCGUGGGACGUCUCUGGAUCAACGUGGCCAGGUACCAGAUUGAGGUGAACCGGGUCCCUGCUGGUAACUGGGUUCUCAUCGAGGGUUGCGACCAGCCCAUCGUCAAGACGGCCACCAUCACUGAGCCCAGAGGGAAUGAGGAGGCCCAGAUCUUCAGGCCGCUAAAGUUCAACACUGUGUCGGUCAUCAAGAUCGCCGUGGAGCCUGUCAACCCCUCAGAGCUUCCCAAGAUGUUGGACGGGCUGCGGAAGGUCAACAAGAGCUACCCGUCACUGACCACCAAGGUGGAGGAGUCAGGGGAACACGUCAUCCUGGGCACGGGGGAACUCUACCUGGACUGCGUCAUGCACGACCUGCGCAAGAUGUACUCUGAGAUCGACAUUAAGGUGGCUGACCCCGUGGUGACCUUCUGCGAGACCGUAGUGGAGACGUCGUCGCUCAAGUGUUUUGCCGAAACGCCCAACAAGAAGAAUAAGAUCACCAUGAUUGCUGAGCCUCUGGAGAAGGGCCUGGCUGAGGACAUAGAGAACGAGGUGGUGCAGAUCACAUGGAACAGGAAGAAACUGGGAGAGUUUUUCCAGACGAAGUACGACUGGGAUCUGCUGGCUGCCAGGUCUAUCUGGGCCUUUGGGCCGGACACCACUGGACCUAACAUCCUGGUAGAUGACACCCUGCCUUCAGAGGUGGACAAGGCUCUGCUGGGCUCCGUGAAGGACAGCAUCGUCCAGGGCUUCCAGUGGGGCACUAGAGAGGGACCUCUCUGCGAUGAACCCAUUAGAAACGUGAAGUUUAAGAUCCUGGAUGCGGUCAUUGCCCAGGAGCCUCUACACCGAGGUGGAGGACAGGUCAUCCCGACAGCCAGGAGGGUGGUGUACUCCGCCUUCCUCAUGGCCACCCCUCGGUUGAUGGAGCCAUAUUACUUUGUGGAGGUCCAGGCCCCGGCUGACUGUGUCUCGGCGGUGUACACCGUGCUGGCCCGGCGGAGGGGUCAUGUGACCCAGGACGCCCCCAUCCCCGGGUCGCCGCUCUACACCAUUAAGGCCUUCAUCCCCGCCAUCGACUCGUUUGGCUUCGAGACAGACCUGAGGACGCACACCCAGGGGCAGGCCUUCUCCCUGUCCGUCUUCCACCACUGGCAGAUCGUGCCUGGUGACCCCCUGGACAAGAGCAUCGUGAUUAGGCCGCUGGAGCCCCAGCCUGCUCCCCAUCUGGCCCGAGAGUUCAUGAUCAAGACCCGCCGGCGCAAGGGCCUGAGUGAGGACGUCAGCAUCAGCAAGUUCUUCGACGACCCCAUGUUGUUGGAGCUGGCCAAGCAGGACGUGGUCCUGAACUACCCCAUGUGAGGCUUGGGGAGACAGCCGGACGGAAGGCCCGAGGACCACCACCACCCUCCUGCUCCGCAAUCUACACCUCCUUGUCCACACAGCCUCAUAGGGAGCUCAGAUCCACUGAGGUGGGUGGGGGUGGUUGGAGGGGUCGGGCAGGGUCUGCGUGGUUUGUUUGUUUCAUGCUGUCGUUUUGAUGUUUUUUUUUUUACUAUCUUAUCCGUGGUCAGCUGUUCUAAACUCAAUGACUUAAGUUAAUCAAUGAAGCAAUGAGAUGGAAACAAACAGAUCCUGCUAGCCUCCUGUAAACAGACCCAAACCUCCCUCUUGUCUUUCUAGGGGUGAACUUUAUGAUGUUACUGCAUCUACUGUUGUAGGGGCUUAUGGUGAUGUGGGAUAGCAAUAGCUUCUGAAAACUCGUCAAUAACAGAAUUACCCUGUUGCGGUCUGUCUUGUAAUGUUUGUUUUUUUCAUGUAUAAAUUCUCCAUUGUUCUUUUAAUGUACAAUUUUUUUUGAUAGUAGAUCUGAUUGUUGUUUUCUAUGACAUUUGGAUGGCUUUCGUCCUGUCUAAGCCGUUUUGGAAUAAAAAAAGAAAAGUA